AUGGAGGCAGACAGACUAAAUUCCCCCAAUACGUCAGCAGUUCUAUUUGAAGUUUUUGGUCACCAGCUUCAGUUUUCACAGGAUCCCAAUUCUAAGCAUUUAGGGACUACUGUUUGGGAUGCAUCAAUGGUGUUCGUCAAAUUUCUGGAGAGAAAUUGUAGAAAGGGAAAGUUUUCUCCAUCUAAACUGAAAGGAAAACGUGUGAUUGAACUUGGAGCAGGCUGUGGUGUAGCUGGAUUUGGCAUGGCAUUUCUUGGAUGUGAUGUAAUUUCAACAGACCAAACUGAGGUUUUGCCUUUGUUGAUGAGAAAUGUUGAACGCAAUACUUCAAGGAUAUUGCAAAUGUAUACUGGUUCAGACUCUUUUGGCUCCAUCGAGGUGGCAGAGCUGAACUGGGGUAAUGCAGAUCAUAUUAGGGCUGUUGUUCCUCCGUUUGACUACAUUAUUGGCACCGAUGUUGUUUACUCAGAGCAUCUCUUGGAACCAUUGUUGCAGACAAUACUUUCAUUAUCUGGACCGAAAACCACAAUCUUGUUGGGUUACGAAAUUCGUUCCACAAAUGUCCACGAACAAAUGCUAGAAUUAUGGAAAAGAUAUUUUGAGGUUAAAAUUGUUCCAAGGGCAAAGAUGCACAAUGAGUACCAACAUCCAAGUAUACAAUUGUACAUAAUGAGCCAUAAAUCUUCAGAUAACAUUGGCAAAGGGCUUGAUUGCCAUAUUGAAGGGGUUGAAGUUAAAGAAACCAAAUGCAGAUCGGAGGAAGAUGAUGAUGAUAGUUGUUCUGUUAAUGCAGUUGAGGAUAGUCAAGAUGAUCUUGUUGAGGAAGGAAGCAAGUUAGCUGCAAAUCCCCAGAGUGAAAAGCUUAGCGUGUGGGAGGCAAGAAGAUAUGGGGCUAUGGCUGCUCGCCUUCUUCGCGAUGUGAAGAUAACCUAG